AUGACUACCGCUCCAGAGUUCCUAAUCCGAGAUGCCGGGAUCGUAAAAGACGACGACCAGUUCGUUGUCGUACCAUUCGAUGCAGCCAUCCCGUAUUUAACCUCGAUCGGAAGUCAUGAGCAGUGGGGGAGAACUCCCUUUUCGCACCGCAAACGCUGGGGUGGUGGAACUACACAGCACAGAAAAGAUUCAAAGAGUUCUGCCCUCCAGAAUUAUGAAAAGAAGAACAGCGUUUUACGUAUCUCCAUCGUCGAGAACGAGUGCAACGCGGACGGUCCAAAGUGUUUCAAUCCUCGCCUGGCGCAUUAUCGAGUCUUGUCCGACCGUCGAAGAUACCUCUGUGAACAUCUCCAGAUACCAGAAUCUAAUGAGAGAGCAACAUCUAUCUCGAAGUCAUGGUUACAAAUUGUCGAGUCUUUGUUCAUUGCGCCGGGGAGCGGGAAGUGUGGUCGCAAGAAGCAGAAGGAGGCUUUCUGGCUGGAUGGAUGGGCGGGGAAUGAUACGAAGCUCAUUCGUGACUAUGCGCAUCAAGGCUUUCGACUGGCUGGAGAUUUUAGUCUGCCAAGAGCCAAUCAGGCAGAGACGCUGAUGCGGAUGGAGAUUUAA